AUGGACCCGCUGAAGGAUUUGAUAGUAAAUUGUUGUCGUAAAAAUAGAGAAAGAGAGAAAGUGAAGGUGAGGAGAACAUCUAGCGACAGUCGAAACGCUGCUGGAAAGAGAUCAAAAGAAGAUGCCAACAUGCCAGCAAGAGGGUCAAAAGAAUCAGAAGAAAGAAGAAUAAAAGGAAAAUUAAGAAAUCUCAAGGACGACAAGAAGCCAAAACAAGGUUCAAAAGAGUCAAAAAGUGGAAGUAAGAAACGGCCAGGGUCUAAGGAGAAGCCCAAACCUAAAGAAGACAAAUCAAAAGAGGAAAGUGUGGAAGAAGUUCUUGCUAGGAGCUCGGAGGAGCAUCCGAGAAGAAAGGGAGAGAAAAAGAAAAACAGCAAAAGUGGCGAAGUGGUGGUUGCACCCGCCGCCGGAGUUCAGGCAGAAGCUGCGGAUCCGAUCCGAAAUUCCCAGAGAAAUCGUAAGGGCAAAAUAAAGAGCUUAAAGAAACCUGUGGAGAUUAUGCAGGCCAUCCAGGAGAGGAGCGCCAAGAAACCUGUGGAGGCCGUGCAGGUCCAGGAGAAGAGCGGUGAGAGAGACAGGGAAGACUCAUUUGUUGACUACUGGUUGCAGCCAGAUGGAGCCGCAAAGAAAGCCGCAACAGGUGGCGCAGAGCAACCUAAGCCUACAGUACCUGAAACUAAGCCAGAAGCGCAAGCACCCGCAGGGAUUGACUUAUCAGUGAUAAAUGAACCGGCCAAACCAGAAAUUCCUGCAAAGCCGCAAGAGUAG